AUGUAUUGCAUUUUUAAAAAGCCCAGUUUGCUGUUGGUGCUGAGCUUGACAUGCACGGCCCUACUUCUCCACCACUUUGUUUGCAUCCCAGAGUGUUUUUCGGUCCACCCCUCAUCGCUACUAGCUAAGACGGGAAAGACAAAACAAAAGACAAAUAUUUUUAUUUUUGCGACCUGGAGGUCGGGCUCGUCUUUUUUCGGUGAAAUGUUUAACCAGAACCCUGAAGUGUUCUAUCUCUACGAACCUUUGUGGCACAUCUGGAAUUCCCUGUACAAGCAGGACGGGGCUCUCCUUCAAGGAGCUGCAAGGGACAUGCUUCGGUCAUUGUACAAGUGUGACUUUUCUGUGUUCCAACUUUACAUGAAAGGGAAACUUAGUAGUAGAAACCUUUUCAGGUUUGAGGCCAACAAGGUGAUCUGUUCACUUCCCCUGUGUCCUGCUCACAGACGGGAGAACCUUGAACUCGUUCGUGAAGAGAUCUGCAAACUUUUAUGUCCAGCACAAAGCCUUGAGACUCUGGAAAACAUGUGCAAAAAACACAACACGAUGGUGAUCAAAGGGAUCCGCUUGUUCGAUCUAGAGGUGUUGCUCCCCUUGAUGGAAGACCCAGACAUCAGUCUUAAAGUGAUCCAUCUAGUCCGAGAUCCCAGAGCAGUAGCAAAUUCUCGGUUAUACUCAGAGGAAGAGCUGCGUGGUGCUAAUCAGCAAAUUCUAGAGCGAUGCAUCACAGACCCCCCUCCCCAGCACAAGGCAAAAGACAGCUCCAAGACUAACUCUAGCCGUGUUACUUUAGAAGUGAUGGGGGUCCUCUGCGCUCACCUCAAAGAGAGUUUGCAGAAAUCUCAUCUCGCAAUUAAACUUGGAAACUACAGAGUGAUACGCUACGAAGACCUCAUCUUAGAACCAUCUAGAAAGCUGCGAGACAUUUACAGCUUUGCCAGGCUCAGUGUAACAAAAGAGAUGGAGCGAUUCGUGUUGAGUUUGUCCCAAGUAAGUGUGGAGCGUGGGGGUCCCCCCUUUAGAGUCACCCCGCGCAAUGGCACUGUGGUAAUGAGCACAUGGAGAAGACGUCUGACAUUCACAGAAGUGUGGCACGUUCAGAGAUUGUGCAGACCUGCCAUGGAUUUUCUGGGGUACAAGCAAGUCAAGAACUAUUCACAUCUCUUAGAUGAACGAGAUUUACUGCUGGAUAAACAAGCUAUUCAGACAUAGAAUAUCAGUGUAAAAACAUGUUACUGGUAUUUGCACUUUUACAUACGUAUGUCUAUUAGUGGAAUGCUCAUACCCGAAAACGGGUAUCAUUGAAUGAAAAAAGUUGGCUCCUAUAUUUCAAGGACCGCAUAAGCAUAGCAUAAAUUAACAGACGUGCAAAAAUGUUGGACUUUCUAGUUAGUGUAAAGGUGAUUUAA